AUGCUCGUCAGUCUAUUAAUAUUAAUUGUUACAAUUUUUUCAACAAAUGGGUAUCCAUCGAAUCCAGCUGAAUACGAACAAAUAGUAAUUCCAGUCCAUGAACAACAACAAUUCGUUCAACAAACAAUUCCUGUAGAUUAUUUCGAUGUCGGUGACAGAGAAUCAACAAUACUAUUGGAAGAUACAGCAGACUUUACUAUUUCCUGCUUAGGGCAGAACAGAAUUUGUAUUAAAAAGAGCGAUUGUGUCAACGGCUACAUUCACCUCGCUGAUAAUGUGACUGACUAUUCAGCGUACACGGAACAAGAGUGCAAAGUUCGCUAUGAAGCUUGCUGCACGGUUGUGGUAGAAUUUCAAGCCGCAUCCCCAGAGAUCGAAGCAUCCGACACAGAUAUUGCAGCCGCUGCACAUGACGAUGGUCAAGCUGCAGAAAGUCAUUACGGUACAUCAGAAGUUUUUGGUGAAUCGGGGAAUACGCAAGUGACUCAAAAUGAAGAUAUCGCCGAGCAGAUUGCUACAAAUACUCAAUUUAUCCCAACGCACGUGCAGCUUGGAUGCGCAGCGGCUCUUCUUUGUGUCGAAGAACGAUUUUGUACCGUGGAUGGUACAAUUAGUCCACAACCAGUUUCUUUGACAAGCAGAGAACUUCUUUAUCGUGUACCAUUGAGCCCGUGCAAGAAUCCUGAAACCGGAGUAGUCGGCAAAUGUUGUCGCGAUCCAAAUUACGUGGAUCCCUGGCCGGCAGGAAAUCUUCCUGCGAAUUACUCCGGUGGUUUCGAUGAAAAAGGUUUUCCAACGUUUUUGAACCUUUCAAAAGUGAAACCUCCGAAAGUGCCUGUGACACCAGUUAAAAAACCUACGAAGCCUAACGUUAAAACACCUACUCGCCCGCCAGUGGAAGAAAAAGGGAUACACUCUGACUAUACAAACACAGUUACGGAAGUUUUAAUCCCCCCGCCUAAGACUACCGAUGAAGUUGAACAUGUGGUACAGGAUACGAACGUUGUCGAAGUGAAAACAAAAUGCGGUGUCAGGCACAAGGUAAUUGAAUCAUCGGAGAUGCGUGAAUCGCAGACAGUUUUCGGCGAAAUUCCAUGGCAAGCUAUGGUUUUACAUUCAAGAGAUCGAAAAAUUCUGUGUUCGGGUGCUCUCGUCAGUACACACGAUGUGCUAACAGCGGCCAAUUGCAUUGAAAGUAUGCAGCCGAAUGAUAUUUCAAUAAAAUUAGGAGAAUGGAAGCUGGGAUACGAGCUAAAACACGAAGAACCCCUUCCAUUUGAAAUUCUCAAUGUAUCAUACAUCCGAAUGCAUCCGGAAUACACGAGAGGGCUCGCAGAACACGAUCUCGCAAUUUUACACCUCGAAGCACCAGCAACCCUUGACUAUCAUGUAAAUCCCCUCUGUCUACCUCAAACGAAUGCAGUAGAAGCAAAGAAGUCAUGCAUCGCCACAGGUUGGGGGAAGACCAUUCUCCAAGCGCAUUAUGCGGGGGCAAUUAUGCAUGCGGUGGGAAUGAGUAUACUUUCAACGGACGUAUGCAAGAAGCAGUUAACAAGUGAACAAAUAAGUCCGGAUGUUGCAAACGGAAUUAUUUGCACUACACCUACGGAAGAAAUUAAUAAUAUUUGUGAAGCAGACCUUGGAGGUCCCCUGGCUUGCGUUAACGAACAAGGACAAUAUGAACUGGCUGGAAUUUAUAGUCAGGAUACAGGAUGUCAUUCGUCGAAUGGGGUGGUUAUUUUUGCUCCAUCAGAUGAGAAAUGGAUAAAAGAAAGUAUGUUCAGUGAAACAUACGAAAAAGAUGUAAAGAUAUCGCAACAAGCUAAUGACUACAGAGAAAGUACUUUGUUUGAAGAUAAUCAGUAUCUACCACCAAAUUGA